AUGAGUUAUGAACCGUAUCAGUUUCUACGUUUGAAGAAAUAUCAAACAACUCAGCUAUCACCAAUCAUGAAAGUUCAGUUCUUCAGCGAUUGCAUUACGGAAACAAAGCAGAAAGAAAUUGAAGGAAUGCUAGCUAAUUAUAUCUCUAGUAAUUUAUUAAAAGAUGGUAAUGAUGAGGAUCAAAUAGCCAAAAACGACACUCGAAAACAAGAAAAUAGUGAUUCUGACGAAAGCGAUCAUUCUGACUGUUUACAGCCGGUAGACUUGUAUAGAGUAAGUAGAAAACGUAAAGAAUAUAAAGAAAGUCAUGGAAUAGAUUCUAGGAAUUCCACAACUAGGUACCACCGUUCAGUUAAUGAAAGUAUAAGAGAAUUUACAGAAAUGGAUCCUGCUUCAGUCAGUGAUGAGUUAAGAGAAGCUUUAGGUAUCGAACAAAAUGAAAUUCCUCCUUACUUAUAUCGAAUGAGAGAGUUAGGUUAUCCUUUAGAUUACGUUAGGAUCAGAGGUGGAUCAGCAGAACUUAAAUUGUAUCAUGAAGAUGGUCAAGAAGAAUGCUGUUUCGAAUUAGAAUUUCCUGGUCUUAACGUACCACUCCCUUUGAAUCCGUUGAGUAGAUUAGAAAAAUCAAAUAGCACUCCAGAAAUGAUACUCUUGUAUCAGCCGUCAGUUCCUGUAAACUUAGAAUUUAUGCGGCAAUCAAAUGUUAAUUUGACUUGCAACGAAAGUAACGAUAGUUCCAGCGAAAAAUCUGCAGACGAAAUAAUAAAUGAAGAUUCUUGUUGCGACGAAAAUGGAAAGAAAAAGUAUGAAGAACGAGAAAAAUUGCUAGAAAAUACAGAAAAUGCAUCCAUAAUUACUGCCACUGAUGUAGAAAUGAAAGAAUCAUCUAUUCUUAAUCAAGAAAACAUACCCAAUGAUACAGAUAAUGUCGACGAAUUAACUGAAGAAACCGAGAGCACCGAGCGAAGUUCUAUUAAUAAUAGUAAUUCAUGGGAAGCUUUCCCAGGUGCAGGCGAAGUUGCUGAACCAACUGGUAGAUACGAAAACUUGAAAGUUAUUUUACAACGUAAGAGAAAACGGAAGAUGUGA